AUGGACGCGGCUAACUUUUCUAGCGUACCUACGAAAAUUGGGAAGGUUAUAGCGUUUCGAGGAUCCAGACAAGUGGGGCAAAUCGCAUCACAAGAACGCGGAAUCUCGAUUACAAUGGCGUUGGCUGUCAAUGCAGAAGGAGGGUCAAUACCACCAUUUUUUUUAUUCCCACGAAAAAAUAUGCAGUCUUGCUUUAUGGAAGAUGCGUCUCCCGGUGCUGUUGGGCCCGCGAACGGAUCAGGGUGGAUGCAGCAGCCAGAAUUUGCCAAAUUUAUGGAACAUUUCAUUGAACGAAGUAAAUCAUCUUUGGAGUUGCAAACUUUUCUGUUGCUGGAAAACCAAUCUUCCCAUUUAUUUGUUGAGGCAUUAGAAAUGGCGAACAAUAAUGGAGUGACUCUGCUUUGUUUCCCGCCACACUGCAGUCAUAAAUUACAGCCAUUUAAUGUGUCAGUGUAUAGACCCGUCAAGACAUACUAUAAGUCACAAUACAACGCGUGGCAAAAAAUAAUCCUGGGAAAUAUCUUGAAAUUAGGCACAUUCCGGAUUAAUUCCGAGCCACCAUUGACCUUGCACUCACACCUCGCAACGUCAAAGCUGGGUUUCGAUCAACUGGAAUAUCACCUUUCAACCCCGAUGUGUUCGAUGAGGCAGACUUUGUAG